AUGCCUCCUUUUGUAGGGAAGUCCACAGCAAAGACUAAGCGGGCCCCAGGGCGGAGGACUCGUUCGUUUGGAGGAUGUGUUACCUGUCGCAGUCGUCGUGUGAAAUGCGAUGAAGGACGUCCCGGAUGUUCUAUGUGUAACAUCUCUGGUCUCGAUUGCGGAGGCUACAGCAAAGACAUCUUUUUCGACUUUGAUGACCCCUCAUCGACGGGCGUCGCUCGAUUCCGAAGACCGUUAUUGACAGAACAAGAACGAGAACGUUUGAGCGAACAGAUUGCGCAGGACGUUCCACCAGAACUAGCCGGUUGGCAUCUUUCUCAAAUUGACGAAGAAUGCGAAAGGACGUCUACGGACCUACAAAUCUCAAGGGGGCCUUUCGGUGCUUUUCGUAUUACGCAGCAAUUGCCCUCAGAUUCAUUGAGCACCUUGGACGAAAAAGAAGAGGACGCGAUAGAAGUUUCACAAAUUCAGGCUGUCGGAGAAGAAGAUCAAUUGCUACUCCCGGACUUCGAUGAUGACGUGGAAGUAGUGACCUCGACACUUGACUUUGUGACUGGUCUAGAUGCUCAGCAUCAACUAUCGGGUCAAGACAACGCGCUCAUCCCUCGUACAAAUUGGUUGAAAGCACUGGAAAGCUUCCCUGUGAGCAGCUUACUGGAUCCAGGGCACUUCGAUCUUCCCGACUGGUGGGAUCCCGUGGCCAUGGGCACUGAGAGUGCCGUACCUUGGAUGGGUGAAUCAGCCUCGUCGCAAAAGCCCCCUUCCCCAUUGGCAAGGUCGUCCACAAUUGAGCUUGGGUCUCCGAAGCUCUACCUAUCAAACCUUUCGCCUAGCUCAGGCUCAGUAUCGUCCAAAGUCGACACUGAUGUACCGCGCGAUGCUGUAUUGCUGGUUAAACACUAUGCGACGAUCGUGCUUCGGGGCCUCACUCCAUACCGUCACAGCAAGACACCAUGGCACGUGCUCUUUCUCCCCCAUGUUAAAAGCUGUUUAGCGGCCUUGACACUCGGCGAGAAGAUGGACCAUGCAAGUCUAUGUGCAUUUUACGGCACAUUAUCUAUCAGCGCCUUUAGCCUGGGUGGCAUUCAUACGUCUGCCAAGUGGCUAGACCAAGGCACAGCAUAUUAUCAAAAAGCCCACUUUCAUGUUUGUCUUAUGCUUAAGACAGCAUACGACAUUCCCAAGACUGCCAAGUACAAGUCUAUACUCAUGGCUCUCUUGACGAUGGUCCAGAUUGCCAUACUCUCUGGCAAUCGAGAUGAAGCAGAGUACUUCUUCCUGGAAACGGAGAAGUUUAUCCGAACAAAAGGCCUGAACCGACGAAAGUCUCGCAAAGUCAGGUUACUGCAUCACUGCUACGUGUUUGAGCGGCUGUCCCACGAGAGCACUUUUACACAAAAUGCACUGAACUUGGAUCAUCGGAACCGCGUCCGUGAGGCGAUAGAAGCAAGCGGCGCCAGUGCUUAUAGUCAGGAUAGCCUGUCUUUCAGACUCACUACGUGGAGUAACCUGGACCAGGAGAUGCACAAGGUGAAAGGUCAGGAAGAGGGAGAAAAUGACCUCCAUCUUCAGCAUCCAGGAAUAUGGUCGGCUACACUCUAUCCUGAGAUCUUUGGCGUACCAGAACUCCACCUCUUUAUGCUUUCGCUGGUCAUCCGGCUUGCGCGAGAGAAGGAGCAGAACCAAGAUGAACUGAUCAAUUCUGGACUCACAUUGAAGGAGUUCAUGGCUCGAGCAAAGGCAGUUGAGCGAUGGAUCAAGCAACUUCAUGUGCUUCGCCAGUCCAUAUGGAUGGUCGAAGCCCCUGUUGAUCCAGAACACCAACAGUCUGUCAAUCUGCUGAACAGCUUGGCUGAUACAAUGCAGCACGCACUUUCUGUAUACUUUUAUCGUAGAAUUUAUGAUCUGGAUCCGAGUAUGCUUCAGAAGCAUGUUCUUGGUGUGCGGGAUCGGCUGCUUGAGUUUGAUGCAUCAGAUGCGGGAAUGGGAUACGGAUCUUUGAGACUGAUAUGGCCUGCGUUUGUUGCUGCUUGUGAAACUGAUGAUAAUGAUAUGCGGGCGUCGUUUGUACAAUGGUUUGAAUGCGCUGCAAAGAGAAGCGGGCUGAGGAUAUUUACGGAAACGAAAGAACGUAUUGAGCAGAUAUGGAUCGGGAGGGACAGCACCGAUAGACAAAAUGGGUUUGUGUAA